CAUCCAAUACGAAGUUCCCUACUUUAGAUUUCUCUUUCCUUUUGGAGGGGAAACAUUGUUUUAUAUUGAAUUCUUGAAAACUGAUCCCCCCCUUCUUUAAAUUAUGUUGUUUUAUAGCUGACUAUAGUGACUAUAUUGCAGCAUGCCAGAAAUUAAGUGAAGGAACAUUUGUUCGACCAUUUUGGAAGUGAGAAUUGAAAUCUUUUAAGUUUUGGCAUUUGUUAUAACCAAACUGGAAAUUUGAUAGGAGGGUCCAGAAAUAACUCAGAUUCAUUUUAAAGUUCAUCUCUGUAGCUAGAAGAGGAGGAAUAGGUGAAUAUGGCACAGAUUCUGGCGCCUUCUUCACAAUGGCAGAUGAGAAUAGCAAAGAACUCAGCACCCGCAAGUCCCAUGACUGCAAAGAUGUGGAGUUCUCUAGUUUUGAAGCAGAACAAGAAAGGAACAGCUAAAAGCUCUGCUAAAUUUAGAGUGUUCGCCGUCAAGUCUGAGAACGGCACUAUCAAUAGGAUGGAGGAUCUUCUAAAUUUAGAUCUUACUCCGUACACUAACAAUUUCAUUGCUGAGUACAUCUGGAUUGGAGGAUCUGGCAUUGAUCUUCGUAGCAAGUCAAGGACAAUUUCAAAGCCUAUAGAACAUCCAUCUGAGCUUCCCAAGUGGAACUAUGAUGGAUCAAGUACUGGACAAGCACCAGGAGAGGAUAGCGAGGUCAUUCUAUAUCCCCAGGCAAUUUUCAAGGACCCAUUCCGUGGAGGAAACAACAUCUUGGUUAUGUGUGAUACAUACACUCCACAAGGUGAGCCCAUCCCUACCAACAAACGCCAUCGGGCUGCUGAGAUUUUCAGCAACAAGAAGGUUGUAGAUGAAGUUCCAUGGUUUGGGAUAGAGCAAGAGUACACCUUGCUUCAAACAAAUGUGAAGUGGCCUUUGGGCUGGCCUGUUGGAGGUUAUCCUGGUCCUCAGGGUCCUUAUUAUUGUGGAGCUGGCGCUGAUAAAUCGUUUGGUCGUGACAUAUCUGAUGCACAUUAUAAGGCUUGUUUAUAUGCUGGAAUUAAUGUUAGCGGCACCAAUGGGGAGGUUAUGCCAGGCCAGUGGGAAUAUCAGGUGGGUCCUAGUGUGGGCAUUGAUGCUGGAGAUCAUAUCUGGAUUUCAAGAUACAUUCUAGAGAGAAUCACUGAACAAGCUGGUGUCGUGCUCUCACUCGAUCCAAAACCAAUAGAGGGUGAUUGGAAUGGUGCUGGAUGCCACACCAAUUACAGCACAAAGACCAUGAGGGAGGAAGGAGGCUAUGAAGCAAUAAAGAAGGCAAUCUUAAAUCUGUCACUUCGCCAUAAGGAACACAUUAGUGCUUACGGUGAAGGAAAUGAGAGAAGGUUGACAGGAAAGCAUGAAACAGCAAGCAUUGACACAUUUUCCUGGGGAGUGGCUAAUCGUGGCUGUUCCAUCCGGGUGGGACGUGAAACUGAGAAGCAAGGAAAAGGUUACUUGGAGGAUAGACGUCCAGCCUCAAACAUGGACCCUUAUGUCGUGACUGCGCUACUGGCUGAGACUACAAUUUUGUAUGAACCAACACUUGAGGCUGAAGCUCUUGCUGCUCAGAAGCUGUCUAUGAAUGUCUGAUAUUUGUUGGUUGAAGAUAACCUGAAGAGACUCAGCGAGCACCACUUGGAUCUAGUUGGCCUGCGCAUGGGAAACUUCUCUCUUUUUUCUUCUGGACAGAUCCUUGUAAAUAAAGUUCCUGAUGAACAAGUAUUCAUGCCCAAGAUUGUAAAAUGGCUUCUUAGAUUGAAGACAUCCCGUGGAUGAAAAGGGUCUUCAUGAUUAGUUUCAAGUAACGAGUAAUUUGUUUUGAUGCUCAAACCAUCGACGUUUUGAACCUUUCCCUGCAGCUAAUUGAAAAUUAUGGGCAGACUUUAUCAGGCACUAUCAAAUUGAGUUCUUGAUUUA